AACUACACUGGCAUCGCGAGCACGAAUAGCGCGUUAACGGGGUGCGACAAGUAAAUCUGAGCUAGAAUCAUUUACUCCUUGUUAUCUGUAAACGGACAGAAACGCAGAAAGACGUCAUUAGUGAAGAGCUAGAAGAUUGGCACUCACCCAAUUGUGAAGUUCAGCAAGAUUGAGCGCUUUUAUGAGUGGGACCGUGAAAUCGAACGUACCUAAUGUAGGCACAGCGUGCUAAUGCCGCAUGAACCAUUGCCUAUGCGUGCUGGAAGAGAUAGCACACAGUAGUGCCAUAAACGCGUUUAAAUGCAGGUCAAAGAUGCGCUGAUAACGAGGCGGGCGAUAUUCGGAAGCAGGACAAGUCCUGGGCCAGUUAAAGUUAUGAACACUAUUAUUCUUGAAAGUAAACCGGGUCGAGAGCAGUGCCAUGGACAAGGAACUGAGCGCUUCAUGUGGGAUUGUUAUAAGUGUGUUACUCACGGUGGUGGUACCCACUUGAACGUCUCCGCUAUGUCUGCCCGUUUCCGUCAUCCAACUAGGCGUCCAGGCAGCUUCCAGGCGUUGACUUUACUACAUCCAUGUGGUCCAGCGGUAUAGAACAUGGCUGAGCGAGCGAGGUAAGGCAUGCAUUGGCUGAGAGUCCGGAGGUAAACGGCAUAACAAAUGUCAGUGUGUUUACACACCAGUGAACGAAAU